AUGUCUGAGAAUGAGCAUGAGUGCACAGAAGGAGCGGACCGAGAUGACUUCUCGAGAGAGGUCUUUGGUGAUGGGCUAGAGUCGGCUAUUGCAGAUAAUGAUGGAGAUGUUGAUUUCGCGUCUUUCCUUAUCUUGGCGAGGCGUAUGAAAAUGGGAGGUUAUAAUCCUGUUACAUUUUUCUGUGUUGGCACUCUAUUGAACUUGGCCCUGGUGUACGAUCCUGUGGGCUCUCUCUG